UUGCAAUAUCCCUACUGAAGUGCAGGAGGGUUAUUCAAGGACCAGUUGCUGAGGUUUAGGAACCGCCUUAGCAAGCGCCUAAUAUUAGUAAGUUUGUUUGUGGAGAAAUCUCUUCUUGGAAUCGAUUUCGAUUUCGAUUUUAUAACCCUAUUUUGUAGUGACCAGAUAUCAAUUUCGUUUCGCAGAUUUGAAUUCUCAUCAAAAAGUGAGCUCAGGAACCUCAGGCUGUGCGAGUACGAGCAGUACUAUGUGAGGUAAUGCCCAUACUGCAUUCACGAGUAGCUAGUGAAUAACCCUCACACAAUAUUUUUUACUUGGAUCCAAGACGGGUUCAACGACGCUGCCCGCUGUACAGUACAGUAAUUUUUUAGAAGUUCGGUACUCAGUACGUACGUACUGCUACUUCGUAUUACUACUAUUAAAGUACGAAGUACAGUACAGAAAUUUUUCAUUCCCUUGUGCUUCAGUAGAAAUCCUAGCAGUACGAACCUGUCUCACGAUGUAAUAACAAAAAUACCACGCGCUGGUAAUUCGUAUCGUGCCUGUCCCGCGGGCGGGAUCAUCUUCUCUUGACUCUCGACCUCUUGUUUCAUUCCCAGAUCUCUUCCGCAACAACAAAGGAACAUUUGUGACAACUCUUCCGCUCGGUUCACUCGGCUUGAAUCUAUUUCAAUCCGCAGAACAAARUACAGCUCAACUCAAUACAAAACGUCACAAAACARCACAAAAUCGUCYCCUUCGGCAUAAGGAAUCGAAAGCAACAAGGAACAAGAGCUCGGGACAGUAUACACGGUGCAACACGGCACACCUACUGACAGAAAGAUCGAUUGGUUCGACUCGUCAGCACUUUUCUGGAGAAGUUUCAGGAAAGAAUUGGACUACUCGUCUGCCCUGAAGCGCUGARAWACCAUAGUUUUUKAACUGGACCGACUUAGUUGCCCGACUUCUUCGGAUAGAAACAGAACUGGARGAAAAAGUGAGCAACGCGAAAGCAGGAAGMCCCAAAUUACGGGAAGUUCCCCACCCACCGACAUUCAUYCAGAGAUCAUUUAUUUUCCCACAAAAGAGAGCUCCCACCAGCGCUCUUCCCACACAAGAAAAUCGUUCGAAUCAUGUCUUACAAUUCCCGGGCCAAGGUGAAUCCGUUUUUGAUCCAGGACAGCAAUUACGACGAUGAGGAAUACGCCUGGGACGACGAGGAGGAUGACGCCUGCCACGACGAUWGCGAUGAGGACGAAGACUAUGGAUACGGCAACGACGACGAGCAACAAAUGCUGAUGAGCAACAGAGGAAACCAGAGGUACAAUUCCGAGCGYGUUCGCGAACGCGGACGCAGAUACGAACACGAACACUCGGUCGAAUUUUCUGUCCUCCRGGGCGGUCGACAGAGCUACCACAACCACGGCGGAYACAAGGAGGAACGAUACAGCAACGGCAGCUAUCACCCCUACCACGGGACGCACACGCCUGUGUUCUGGAAGUACGGCCUCCUCACGGUGGGAACUAUUGCUCUGGCGAUGGCCUUCGGAGCACCAUCGUUUUCAGUCUCCUUCUCGCCCGUCGAAACCAGCGACGUCGARGGCAACGCCGGCUUUGCCUCCGGCGGUUUCGCGAGCCCAAGUGGCAGCAACAGGGACGACUACCGCAUCGUGGUGCUGGGGGAACGCCACUCCGGAACCCACUGGAUGAGGGACCGGCUCCGCGAAUGCUUCCCCGACGUUUCGGUCUCUUCGAGGCUGCAGCGGCAGGGGUACCUYUUUCAGGACGACGAGGCCACGGCACGGUCAAAGUGGAAGCUGCUGCAGCAGAAGAAGCGAUCGCCGGCCAGCAGCCACGGCAACGAGGAAAACGACAACARCGAUAACAACAACGACCGAGGUUUGCACCACGGCAGAAGUGCGUCCGCCGCUCCCGAUACCCGCACGAUCGUCGUCCACGUGACCCUCAACGCMUACGACUGGCUGGAGCGGAUGCGGCUCAGCCCGGAAUACGCCCCCGCCCACAUCGGGAGCCACCCCGGGGGUGGCCACCCCGUGCCCCUUCCCUGGUCCGACUUUCUGUCGAAGCCGUGGACGAUGGAGCGGCCGGAGAUCGAUCUGGAAUUCGAGAACWCCACCGGGCCGGUCUGCCAGAUGGGCUUUGCAUACCAGGAGGUCGUCAGCUGCAGGGGGAGAAGGGAGAAGGUCCCGGAAAAGUCACAAAGAAUCGCGCCGCCCCGCAUCGGGGAUCCGGUGUACGAGCUCCAACCCGGCGGUCUCGCGGCCGCUUCCGAACGAAACCACACCGGCGGUACCCCGUUUCCGUCCCUCAUCGACCUGCGGGCCGCCAAGCUGAAGAACCACGCGAACGUCGUCGACUCGUGGCCCUCCGUGGCCAAGCGGAUCCACGUACAGUACGAAUCCACCGCCGAGGUCUUUCGCACCACCGUGGUGGGGGGCAUCCURGAAACCACCGGGUGGCAGCCACCUUCCUCUAGCGAGGAUUCGUGGCCCUGCCUGAACGGCUUUCUUCCGCCRCCCUCGCUGGGAUCUCCCCACCAAAUGACCGAAGAGUACGCGAGAUACGUCACCGAUCKCMUCGAUUGGGAUACCGAGCGAGCGGUUGCCAACUAUGCUCCGUGGAGCGAAGAAAUCCUGAAGGGCCUUGUUGCAAGCAGCAGCACUCUGGGUGACGAACAAGAUGGACGGACUUCCMAGCAGCCAGGGGAAGAAAAAGAAGAAGAAGAAACGGUCCCCAUUUCCUCCGAAACAGCGCAGGUUCCGCUCCACGCCGACAGUGGAGAUGCAGACAGGGGCGAAGAAAAAAGUACAACCACCGAGGGAACUUACGCAGAUCAAGCACCGACAACCCCUGAAUCCGCUGCCCAAAGUGGCAGAGACAAGGAUAACUCCAGCGACGAAUCACCAAAGCUGGGUGUCAACGAGCAAGAACAGCUUUCUUCGUUGAACGAAGAARUGGAGGACAGCGAAAGCAAGCCACAAAAGGUAGAAACAACAGCAACAAUAGAUCAAUCGCCUUCUGUGGCAGAGAAAUCSGAGAAGAGCGACSAAACGACAACCGAGAGCCAAUCCUCCCCGUCGCCCUCUCCUACCAAUUCUACCAUCACAGCGGAACCUGUUCUCCCAAGCAGGGAAAGUCCGAACWGCAACGAAGAAUCGGUCACAGUGAAGAACAAUAACGGAAUGGAAAACCAAGCCGAUGGUGUACCGAACCAGGAGAGCGAUGCUUCCAACUAGUUUUCUUCCAUUAGAAACGCUAUUUAUGCAAGCAACGACAUGAUUUCACAAAAGCGSAAUGYAUUGAAAGUGCUUUGUCCGUUCCAAAUGAGAGUUUGAAACGGUUGGAUCCGUUGACUGGGAGGAGAGCACGGUGCGACACAGUACGGCUCGUGGCUUAUUCUUGGCAUACACCAAUUAUUUGCAAUUCCAGCAUUCUUUUGUUCGACUUUUGGGUUUGUUAUGACUUCUGCCAUACCAGUACGAGUACUCGCAGGAGUUCGUUGAAGAUUSAACGCUUUCAGCAUGUGGUCAACAUGUGCCGAUUUCUGUAUUCAUUCCCUCAACACGUUUUAAAUCAUCUUUCGAAAYCAAAGAGCUCACUCCGUGUCCACAAGAGUUUCGGAAAAUUCAAUGAGCUGCUACUAGUACUAGCGACGAUUCCAUAAUUGGAAUAACUAUCCUACGAAUUCUUUUGCAUUACAAACCAGAAGUUACUCGUCUUCAAAUUUUGUCCUUGACCUUCAUUCCAUAGUAAAUGAAACCUARAACUAAUAGAUUCCCUAUAUCUUA